AUGGAAGAUCCUGUUGUAAGCCCUAAGACAUCAUGGAAAAUUUUAAAAAAUGCUGUUGUGAUGAGCCUGGCGUUUAUGAUUCAUUUCACUGCAUAUAAUGGUACAGCGAAUCUUCAAAGUUCUAUUAAUGCGGAAGCCGGUUUGGGAACAACGUCACUAGCAGUUGUUUGUGCAGGAUUUAUUAUUUCUAAUAUGUUCCUACCAAUUAUAGUCAUCAAAUGGCUCGGAACUAAAUGGACAAUAUCCUUGUCAUUCCUAGCUUACCUACCUUACUUUGCUGCACAGAUGUACCCUAGUUUUUAUACUUUAAUUCCAGCGGCUUUCAUAAUGGGAAUAGGUGGAGCACCUCUUUGGUGUGCAAAGAGCACUUAUUUAUCUGCAGCAGCAGAAGCUAAUACGAAGACAUCGAAUCUACGCUUAGAGGUUUUAUUAGUGCGUUUCUUUGGAAUAUUUUUUAUGAUCUAUCAACUGAAUCAAGUUUGGGGAAAUCUUAUUUCAUCGUUAGUUUUAUCAUCGGGUGAUAAUUUAGCAGCUGUGACGCCUAUAAAUGACUCCAUGAUAGUUCAACUUUGUGGUGCUAACUUUAUGCCAAGUGCACACGCUGAUGAAGCAUUACAGCGACAACCUCCAGAGAAGAUUCGAAUGAUUUCAGGCAUAUAUUUGGGGUGUACAGUCGCUGCAUCCCUUUUAGUUGCUGUUGGUGUAGACUCCAUUAAGAGUAAUAAAAAAGAUCAGAAUAAUGCUAAUAAGUCUGGAAUACAUCUGCUGGCUACAACACUUAAACUAUUCAUAGAGCCUAAGCACCUUAUGUUGGCCAGUAUUAAUGUUUUUGUUGGCAUGCAACAGGCUUUCUUCGGGGCCGAUUUUACUGCCGCAUAUGUCUCUUGUUCUGUUGGUGUUGGAACUGUUGGAUUUGUUAUGAUGAGUUUCGGCUUUGCCAACGCCUCAGGGUGUGUUGUUAUGGAGCAAAUGGCUAAGACGGUAGGACGUUUGCCGCUUAUAAUAGCAGCUUUUAUUAUCCAUGGUUCAUUAAUGGUGACGCUUCUCACAUUUAACCUGCAACCAAAUCAACCAGCAGUCAUGUAUGUCAUUGCAAGUUUGUGGGGAUUCUGCGAUUCUAUUUGGGCUGUGCAAAUAAGCGCGUUUUAUGGAAUAGUUUUUAAAGGCCGAGAAGAAGCGGCGUUUUCCAACGUAAGACUCUGUGAGUCAUCAGGUUAUAUUAUCGCGUACAUCAUUUCUCCGCACCUGAGAACUGGUGUAAAGACUUAUAUCUUAAUGGUAACUAUGUUAGUGGGAGUGGUGCUAUACAUUAUAGUGGAAUUCAGAGAAAGGAAAGCCAAUACAUCGAUCAAAACACCAGAACCUCAAGAGAAAACAAUUGAUUUUGAUAAUAAAGCAUUCGAAUAUUCUAAGUAA